AUGUCAUAUUUAUCAAAGAAGCACGCUCGGUUCAACAAGAAAAAGAAAGGCUUCGCCAGAAAGUUCGAAGGAUGGGCAUAUUUGGCUGUUGAGACAAUCGCAUUUUCAGUCAAUGAAGUCUGUCAUGUCUGCCGUAAUUCGGAUAAACAUUCAAGCAUUCAAGUUGCAAGUCUGUUCUCGCGGCAUCACAUAGAACUCUGGCAGCAGGUACAGAUGAUCAGACUCUGGUGGUUACCUACGGCGAGGAUGGCAGCGAAAUGGGGGCGAUCUGGAUCAAUUCGGCCAAACUGUAUAGCAGUGGCUAAAGAGGACGAGGAGAAGGAGUCUACCCCACAUGACACAUAA